AUGCGUGCCUUCGCACUUGUUGGUGCUCUGAUGAGCGCUGCCUUGGUUCUUCCGGCAGGUGCAGCAUCCCAGAGUACCUCCAACACCACGUGCGACCCUGCAAAGACUAUUCCUGCCUCUGUUCCUACUUUAGCACUGCCGACCAUCAGCUCCAUCUUCAAUUCGGAAAUUCCCAUUCCGACAAUUGUUCCAGUGCCCGAUAUCUCUGUCCCCAUCUACGGCCCAGACACCAGCUCUCUUCACGUUUCUGCCGGACAGUCUUCUGAGGACAUUACCACCAUUAUCAUCAGAACUGGACCAGCAAAGACCAUCACGCGGUCCUUGAAGCGAGUCCCAAUCUCAGAUGCCACAUCAUCUUUGGUGACACGCCCCAAGAGUGUUGCUAUUCCGACCUUGGCGAGUGUUCCUGAUGUUAUUGCUUCAGAGGAGACUGCUGUGGGUGUGCCUAUUGCUGCCACCAUGACAACAUCCCCGUUACGCUCAGGCUCGACAGCAGAGAAACAUGCAACAACAUCUAUUCUUGAUCUAGGCUCAGACUCUAUUGUCACCAUUAGCAAGUCUUUGGGUUCUGAUUCUUUUGUUGAGUGGACAAAGACUAUAGCCUUGGUACCGUCGCUCCCAGAUCUGAUUGAGCCAACCUCUGGUGAUUUCACUGUCUCAUUUGGGGCAAGCACAACCAUGUUCUUCACCCCUGAGCCUUCACCUGAGCCCAUCUCUAGCAGUUUGGCCUCCAUCUUGACUUCGCCAGUUGCGUCCCCAGAGUCUUCAACGGGCUGGGAGACUGUUUGGGAAGGCAGCCCGGGACCUGUUGAGACAACUCUCUCAGUGUCCCCAUCUGUGUCCUCUACAAUAAUCAUACCAGUACCAGACGACACUGUCACCGGAGUUCUCGGGACCUCGGUUGAGCCUACUGUGGUUGAGCCUACUGUGGUUGAGCCUACUGUGGUUGAGCCUACUGUGAUCAAGUCCACCGUGGCUGAACCUACUAGCACUGAGGUCAUUGAAAUUCCUCCCCCGGUUGUUGUGCCUUCCAUCAGCUUGAUCACAGUCCCUUACUCGUUCCCUGCCUACUCGCCCUUGGAGCCAUCCACCUCUACGACUGAUGUAAUCACCUCGUCACAACCAUCACGAAAUCCCGCAACUGUUAUCUUUACCCUCCCCGGUGAUGGCCUACGUGAGCCUCGCGUGGUCACGCUUACAACAAACCUUCCCAGGGUGAGCGGAACUCCUGGGUUGAUGACAUCCAUCUCCAACUCAUUAGACGAUGUCGUGGUCACAUACACCAUGCAUGGUGGGUAUGGGCACUCAUCUUCUGUCGUGACGUUCACGACAUCAAGACCUGUCUCAACAAAAUCUCACACCAAAUCCUCCCCAAGCAUGUCUGGGAGCAGGUCACGAACAUCUUCUACCAAGGAAUCAAUCACCAUCGUUCCUUAUGGCCCUUGGCCUUCACCUCCCCCCUCCCCUAGCAAGACUACCACUUCUUCUUCUGAACGUCAUUCAGCUACUUCGGUGUCCUUUUCAACUGGUGGGCCAAGGCAUACCUCAGAUCAUGGAACCGGCGCUACUCCUUUCACAAACUCGACAAUCUCAGGAUCCAUGUCGUUAACGAUCGCAUCCAGCGGCUCUGGCAUCCAGUCAUCAGCUGUUACAUCCUUUCCUUCAGCAAGUGAUUCGCGAACUAUGCCUGUUGGCACUGGCGUCUCUUUUUCGUCCCCAAUUACGUCUUCUGGAGUGACUUCGAUGUCAGACAGAUCAAGCAUAAGACGUACCACCUCUCGAGGAACAGGAAUCAGCUCAUCAGGUGACGUGUUUACCAGUGCUGUCGGCAUCCCUUUUCGCCCAUCUCCAGCUCCCAGCAUGACUGUACCUCUACCUGGGUCGUCCAAUAUAACUGGAACGAGUUCUGUCGUCGUGCCUAUUCCUACUGGUCUCAACCAACCCGCACAGUCGUCGAUGAAUGCCACAGCUUCAUUUUCUUCAAACUUCACCACGGCGCCCCUUAGUGGAGCCGGCCAACCAGCCAGCACCAAUUCUACAACUUUCGGUGUCUCUGCUCAGGCCACACCGCCGAGUGGGCCAGGCCGCUCGAGCUCUGCAGCUCCAGCCGGGAGUUCAUCGUCGAUACCAUCCAGUUCUUCAACAUCGUUCCUGAACAGUACAUUGGCUGCUGGUACUGGGGUGUCUAUCUCGACACGGUCUAGUCUGACCCAAGGUGGCUCUGGGGCUUCAGUUCCAUUGGAGACUUCAACCCCUAUUACGGUUGGCUCCCCCACCGCAAUAAACGCCACAACAGUUCCGACCACUGCAGCUACCACCUCGACACGCCUUGGGCAAACUCAAGGAGGCCUCGGCAAUGGCACCACAUCGUCUUCCCCACUGGCCACGCCUUCAGUAAGCACCCCUCAAGAGGAGGAUGGGACUUCGAUUUCCGAAGCUCCGACCACAUCUUCAACUGCCCGUGGGCAGACUCAAGCUGGUCCAGGGGUUACUACCUCACUUCCAAGCUUGACGGAAACAGCUGUUGGCCCCGUGCAAUCGCAAAAUGCCACCUUGUCUCUAUCAGCUUCUGGAAACUCGACUUCUUCUGCGAACGCUACCACUGCUGCGCCUUCUACCACCACUUCCAUUCGUGGCCAAGGUCAAGGAGGCGGUGGCGCAUCAACCGCAUUGCUUUCGAACACCACAUCGCCCGAGACCUCAACUAUCAACCAGACCGGCGGUUUACCAUUGCAAUCUCAAGACUCGGCCACAUCAGCAAAUGUCACAUCCGGCGUGGAUACUUCAAGCAGAUCUACCGCAUCGCGAGUCGGCCAAACAGUGGGAGGCCCAUUUCCGCCAAGCUCAACUGUUCCAGGUCGGCAAACACAGGGUGGUGCUGGUGAAGCACCAACGACAACAAACAUCACUCCAACCAACAGCAGCGAUACCUUGACAUCGACGUCAGGCCGAGCCGUCCAGACUCAAGGUGGCGCUUCCCCUCCUUCAACUGCAUUCAACGAGACCACAUCCGUCCCCUCAUCAGCUCGUCAGCCUCAAAGUCAAGGUGCUGCUGGCACUCCUUCAACCGCAACCUGGCCUCCAAUGACCACGCAAUCUGUAAACGGCACUAGUACCAACUCAACAUCUACGGGUGCUAACAGUUCGUCCACUACACCUUCAUCGAGCCAAGGCAAUGCGCCUGCCCCUACCACAGGUGCUCCUCGCAGCCAAGGGGGCCAGGGAGGUGAAUCCACACAAACUGCCGCCGGUAACACCGCAGGGAAUGCAACUUUGAUCACCCAGGCAAGCACAACAGCUUCGUCGGUGGACCAAAUCGCACAGUCGCAAACGACAUUAGCCACAGUCAUCAACCCUGCUACAAACUCGACUACCGCUAUUCCUGCAUCCGGCACGGGAUCUCCCUUGUUUUGUGGGAAUGAAUGGGAUCGCGGAAAUGAGACUAUCAACUUUGAUGACAGAGCUGCGCUCCAGUGGUCUAACCCGACUUCGCCCAUGCCUCUGUUUGUGCCCUACCAUCGCCUUUACUUUUCCGAUGGGUUUAGCAUCGUUCCACCUCCCAACCAGACACACAAUCCAUCAUCUGGAAACAACAUGACAAUGUGGUCACCUCCCAACUCAUCAAUCACAGCAGUAGGGCAGAUUGGUUUUGGGCCAUUGAGCGACAACAGCUGUUUCCGAUUUAAUCCGCUUUCAUUCGAUCUUGGCUGCAAUACGACCGAGAAGUACUGCAGCUUCAACAUUAGCGGCCUACGAUACGAUGGCAUACUUGGCCAAGAACAGCAAGUAUCACAGUUCGAAGUAUCCUUCCCGUCGUGCAGUGCCAACAACUUCACGAACUGCAGCCUCACGACUGUUAACCUGAGUCGAUACAAUUUGACGGACCUCACCUCCAUCACAUUUGACAAUAUCGGGAACAGUUCCAGGGUCUGGUUUGGCGAUGACUUCGAAUUUGCUUGGACAAAUGAUACUUGCGAAGCAGGAAGAUGUCGAGCCUUGGUUCCCAAUCUUUCCCAUCGAGUCCGUGCCGGGCACUUUCGGUCUCCGAGACGAGCUCUUCUGCAUCAUGAGUCUGCCACACAGGAGGCCCCAGUUCCCCUGUCAGCCUCGCAGUGGCUUCGAACAGUUCUAGGCGCUGCCUGACGAACAUUUAUGCUGCGAUGGUACAACGUAUCACAUUAACACCUCAUAUAUGACUCGAGGCAUCCAACCUUGUCGCCUCCCUUGUCGCCUCCCUUGUCACCUGCACCAAAACAUUUGCCGCCGGAUAUUUUGUGAUAGCUUUCUUAUUUCCGGGAUUGCAGGCUAUACUUUUCACAUCAUCACAUUUGUUUCCAGAAGAAAAGAGUAUGUCGGAAACGGAGAGUAAUGUGGCCUCGAUUGACACGGAUACAAAUGAUGGAUCUUUUGGACCUACCUACGGGAGGAAAUUUUGAGACUGCAAGAGUUGAAACAUAUUUGCCACAAUCCUAGCCUAGCUUAAAAAUAACAGACAAAUCUUGCAA